CACUUGUGUUCCUCCGCUACCUUUUGGCUGAUCGCGAGCGAUGAGGGCUCAGCUGGACGACGUCGCUUGAUUACAAUCCUCAUACUUUUCCUGCCAAACAGUCAUAACUGUGCGCUUUACACAGCAAGUACGUGAUUAUUAAUGGUCUGUUUGCUUGUAGAUAUCAUCGGGUGAUCUGAGGAUCACAGACAUUUUAUAAGUACUCAGGAUCUAUAAGUGAACAUUUUUGAGAUGGCGACCAUGACCACAAGAGAGCCGAGGAGGACGAGCAGAGGGGCCUCUUCUAGACAAGUGAAUAUGAACAACACAAGAGUUCCACCAGGUGGAAGUGUGCGUCGCAAUGGUUCUUCAUCUCUGAUGAGUCAGAUGCAUCCUGAUGGAAUCUAUUCCAAUGAGAGAAUGGUUUGUGGACUAGUAAACAUGCUUGGUUACAACGUUACUCUUCAUGUCAGGAAUGGCAGUGUUUAUGAGGGUGUAUUAAGCACUGUUGGCCCCAAGAUGGAAAUUUUACUAAGUGCAGGCACUCUUUUGAGACCUAGUGCAAAUGGCCAGUCCCCAAAGCCUUUGAACAGAGAGGUGAUGAAUAUGAUCUUUAAGGCCAAUGAUAUAGUAUGUUUCUCAGCUGCCAAUGUGGAUUUUGAUGCAUCUAGAGCGGAUUCAUUUAUAGACAGCUCAAUUACUAGGAAUGGACAGAGUACAGAAAGAGAGAUGAAAGAACUUGAGCCAUGGGAGGCUGGCACAGGUGAUGAUGCCAGCUACACAUUAGAUCCCAAUGCUAAUGGUUGGGAUGCAUCUGAAAUGUUCCGCAAAAAUGCAGAGCGCUUUGAUGUGAAAAGUACAUAUGAUGAAAACCUCUCACAGUACACAACACCACUGGUCAGAAAAAAUGACCAAGACUACAAAAGAAAAGAAGAAGAAGCAGAACGCAUUGCUAGAGAAAUUGAAAGCAGUGAAACCUACAAAGCUCGUAUUGCUCUUGAAAAUGGAGACAGAGAUGAAGAGUCCAAGUUCAGUGCUGUUUUGCGUCCUGGGGAAGGUGGCGCAAAUAAUAGGUCAGUACCUCUCAGUAGACGCCCCCAGAUUUCCAGUAACCAAAAUAUGCCAGUUCAUCAAGUGUCUGCAGCAGCAAUGCAGCCUCUGCCACGAGAUAAGCGAACAUGGGAGAAUCACCGUUCAGUUGUAAGCAAUCCUUCAGUCCAGCAAACUUGUGUGCCACCUGCUGUCCCUACCCAUUCUCAUCAGCGACGACCAGAAAUAAAUGACCAGAGAGUCAAUGGAGAUGUCACUAAAGAUAGAAAAGGUGAAGGCAUUCACCUACGUGCCCAGAAAGCCAUGUCAGUCUCCAGCACUGCUAUCAGUCCUCAUGGUCCUCAGCACCAUGCAGGGACUCACCCUGUGACACCUCAGCACCAUACAGGAACUCACCCUGUGACACCACUGCAGCAGCAGAGCUGCCCACCUGUAAAUACCAUCCCACAAAAUCAUAUUCAACAGCAGCAAGGACCUACACCAUUGAUGCCACCACCUCAAAGUUCCCAGCCCUUGCAGUCUGUGUCUACUAUCCAACAGCCCAGCCAGCUGCCUGUUGUGGCAGCAGCUACACCCUCUGUUCCCAUACCCACACCCGCGUCUGUAUUGCAGACUUCUGUAGCUUCUGUGACAGCUUCACUAGAAAAGCCAGAACCAUGCCCAGCAUCACCUACGACUCAGGUGCAGGCCCAAACUAGUCAACCAGCGGAACGCAAAUCUCCAAGAGAUAAGGAAAAACUAGAAGGUCUGAAAGAUUUUCAACGAAAUUUUAAGCUUGAGGAUGGAGAAGACCAUAAGGCUGAACGUGCACAGGAAAAAAAGACAGGGUUAGAGGAGAAGAAGGAGGAAGAGAAAGUGGAAAACAAAUUAUUAGAUAAAGUGGCCCAUUCCAACUUAAAUCCAAAUGCAAAGGAGUUCAAGCCUGCUUCAUAUGGGAUGAAACCAGCUCCGUCACCAACACCACCCAGACAGUCGCCAGUAAUACACCCGUCAUCUGUGGUUUCUAUGUGUUCUCCUACUUUAUUUAGCAAUGUUGGAAUACUUGCAACCGGCCGUCAGACCAUGGCCCAGAGCAAAACUUAUCCCAAGAGAGCUGUGGUGUCAGUUCAACCAGAUCCUAUGCUAGCUACAGGACAACCACUGCUUGCUCAGCCUUCUCCUUUGCCUACACAAUAUCUUUUUCAAGCUGUACCUCUACCCCAAGGGGCCACCUCCACCAUACAGGUGAUGCCGUCUCGCAUUGCACCCAACUCUGUCCACAUGUCUCAUCAACCAAUGGAUCCUAGUCAGGUUUCUGGACAGCCUACACAUUCAGCUCAUCAAAUAUUUGUGGCACAGCAAGCACAUGGCCCAAUACCUGCCCACAUGGGUCCCCAUCAUGGUGCUCAGGCCAUGAGCCAUCCUCAGCCAGCUCACACCCACAUGCAGCAACACCAACACCAGCACCAGCACCAGCACCAGCAGCACCAUCCAUCCUCAGUGCCACCUGGUCCUCAGGGUCAAAGCGGCCAGAUGACACCACAUCCCUCUGCCUCGCCCGUCCAGCACUUGGGCCCUAAUGGACCCAACCCAGGUGCCCCUCAACAACAUCAUGGACAUGCACAAGGAGUUCCACCAACAUCUGGAACCCCUCAGCCCUCCCUAAAUUAUGGGCAGCAGAUAGGGCUGCAGGGUCAUCCUCCUCUUCAGCCUGCCCAUGCACUGCCGGCCCAUACACAUGUUGGACUGAGCAAUUCUAACCACCAAUCCUUGCACCAUGUGCCUGUCAACUACAUGACACACACGCUGCAGGUAGCAGAGGGCGGGUUUUUGGCCUUACCUUCAUUGGCAGGUGGUGGACAGCUGCCUUUCAGCCAGGCAGGACCUAGUGCUAGUGGUCCUGGACCAGCUCAUGUUCAACACAAUGCACCCAUGGGUCAGUACAAUGUAGUGGUCAUGCCACAGCCUCCUCCUCACACAGUCAAUCAGGCAACGCUGUCAAACCACCACCAUGGCCAUCAGUACCAGCAACAUCAUGUGCCAGUUCACCUUUGUGCAGCAGCUGCAAGUCAGUUACACAACACGGCAGGUCAAGCACAUGCAUUGAUACCAGGUGGCAUGUCCGCUGCCAUUCCAGUGUCUGGGACAGGACUAGUUGGCAUUCACCACAGCCAACUGCCUCACUUUGCUCCUCCAGCUAUAUAUCAACGAAUGCCUUGUCCUGUUGAAGUGCAAGGAAAAGAAGCAGGACAUCCUUGAUCAUUGGUGCAUCUAGUGUUGAGUUCUGUAAUGUGCCACUCGCAUCUUUGUUGUGCAGUUUUCCUGCAUGACCAGGAAUGGUGGUUAUGCAAUAGACACCCCUAUCUGGUGAUGCUUGUCUGUGAUGUGCUAGGAAGAGGGACAAAAAAAAAAACUAACAUGGAUGCAGCUUGUGGAAGUCACCUGCAUCAGGAGGCAACAGUGCACAUCAUGGCAAAGUGCUACCAUUGUGAAGCCUGUGGUUUCGCUAGACAAACUUGUGAUGAGGAAAUGCUUGUGCUGGCCCCGUAACAGUAAAGUGUAUUGUGUGCCACGAAAGUGUACAAAUGCAAGAAUUUCCCAUAAAAGGUUUUCGUGCCUUGCGCUGUCGGUGAUCCUUGAUCUGAACUUAACAAGUAUCAUCAGUUGAAGUCUACUUUGUGAUUAAUUGAAGCAUGCAUCGUGUUUGAAACAUGGUAAGAUGCUUGCGAAAAAAGCAGAAGAGUGCGUGUGUGCCUGUGUGUCACUGAGCUUAUGACUGCAAAUGUGUUCAGGUUUCUAUGUACAUGUGAACAGCCAUGUCUACACUAAGGUCUUCUGGAACACAUUUUCUUCCUAAGGCACAGAUGAUGUCUGAAUCUUUUGAUGCGCAUACAUAAUAUGCCCAGAGCUGGUCUACUGAUUGUGCCUAGUUUGCACAUUUUAGAGAAUCUUCAAGGCACAAAGAUUUUCAGUCAGUUGUUAGCAGCUGGAUGACUGGAAUAAGUGAUGUUUCUGGCAACUUGGAUAGGCAACCUGUAUAUUUUCCCCUAAAACUUAAAAUUUGUUGAACAGAAAGACAUUAAUCCCACAUGCCCAGGUUUUGGAUUAGAUUUGAACAACUGCUCGCUGUGGACAUCAAGCGUACAUCAUGAAGAUUGAAUGCUGGCAGUAUAGUAUGGAGACUUUUUUUUUUUGCCAAGAUUAUAAUAUAGGUGAUGGUGUAAUGGAGUUAACUGCUGUCAUUUUAUCAAAGGAAGAGUUGUGAUUUUUUGUGAAUUUGAUUUCAAAAUGUUGAAAAAACAUUGCAGAGAAAUCUUUCCCACAACCCUUUAACAAACCACCUGAUCUAAUGGAACUUGCUCCUUUUUGCCGUAGAAAAGAAUUGCUUUAUUUCCAUAAAAGAUCUUGCCGAAAACGUGACAUUAAUUCCUACACUUUAUUUACUGUCCCAGCAGUUGUGAGCAGUUGUAUGAAUGGAAAGCCCGAACAUCAAAACAAGACUUUAGAAAAAAAAGAAAGAAAGAAGAAAAAUAAUAAAAAAAGAAAACACUUGGAAAAAA